CUUUCUUUCACAUUAAUUAAUUAUUGUGUACCUUACCUAUAAAGUGUCGUUACUCCACACCCAUCUAACUGCACUGCACCGUGGAGUCGCCAUUCUUCCAAAUCAACUCUCGGAAUGAGCUGUAAUCUAAGUGAUUGAUUUGAUUGAGCACAGAUCUAGCUAGGAAGAUGAGAUCGAACAGAAUGUUCUGGCUGUCGAUUUUUCUGCUACUCAUCAAUGGCCGAGGCGUCGUGGAAUCAGUUUCCGACUACUUAAUCGGCCUCGGCAGCUACGACAUCACCGGACCGGCUGCCGACGUCAACAUGAUGGGCUACGCUAACUCCGACCAGAUAGCCUCCGGCGUGCACUUCCGGCUGCACGCCCGCGCCUUCAUUGUCGCCGAGCCUCGAGGAAAUAGCCGAGUUUUGUUUGUAAACCUCGACGCUUGUAUGGCGUCUCAGCUCGUCACCAUUAAAGUCCUCGACCGUCUCAAGGCGAGAUACGGCGAUAUCUACAACGAAAACAAUGUCGCCAUUAGCGGAAUUCACACACACGCCGGCCCCGGAGGCUAUCUCCAAUACGUCGUCUACAUUGUCACGUCCCUCGGCUUCGUGCGCCAAUCGUUCGAUGCUCUUGUCGAUGGGAUCGAACAGAGCGUCGUCCGAGCGCAUAACAAUCUCCGGCCGGGAUCAAUCUACGUGAAUAAAGGGGACCUUUUCGAUGCCGGAGUUAAUCGGAGUCCGAGCGCGUAUCUUAACAAUCCAGCUACCGAGCGGAGCAAGUACAAGUAUGAUGUCGAUAAAGAAAUGACUCUCUUGAAGUUUGUCGACGACGAAUGGGGCCCCGUCGGGAGCUUCAAUUGGUUCGCGACACACGGAACUUCAAUGAGCCGGACGAAUUCACUAAUCAGCGGCGACAAUAAAGGCGCCGCAGCUCGAUUUAUGGAAGAUUGGUUCGAUCAGAGCAGCCGUGGAAGCGUAUCGUCUGACGAAUCUAGGAGCGAUCGAAUUCCUCGAAGAACUUCUAACAUCAUCCCGCCUAUCGAAGAUCAGCGUAAGAAUUUCUAUCUCGCGUCGCAAUUCGCCGUAAACUCGUUACUACUUACGAAUGAUUCUUGUCAAUCAGAUCAUGAGCUGCUACAACUUGCCGCCGCUUUCGAGUCGACUUCUGGAAAAACGACCACGCGAUCGUCGAGCCUUAACGCGCGAGUGAGAAGCGCUCUCGUGCAAGCGAAUAGGCCUAAGUUCGUAUCGGCGUUUUGCCAGACGAAUUGCGGAGACGUUAGUCCGAAUGUGCUCGGUGCCUUCUGUAACGAUACGGGUUUACCGUGCGAUUUCAAUCAAAGCACUUGCAACGGAAAGAACGAGCUAUGCUACGGCCGAGGACCCGGGUACCCCGACGAGUUCGAAAGUACGCGAAUUAUCGGCGAGAGGCAGUUCAGGAAGGCGGUCGAGCUUUACAACACAGCAACCGAAAAAUUAGUCGGGAAGAUCGACUAUCGACAUUCGUACGUCGAUUUUUCCAAGCUCGACGUGGCGAUUCCAAACAACGGCGAUGUCAAGAAAACUUGCCCUGCUGCUAUGGGAUUUGCGUUUGCUGCCGGGACGACUGAUGGACCGGGAGCUUUCGAUUUCAAGCAAGGCGAUAAUGAAGGAAAUGCCUUCUGGAAGCUCGUACGCAACGUGAUUAAAGCUCCUGGUCCCGAACAAAUCGAAUGCCAGCGUCCGAAGCCGAUUCUUCUCGACACCGGAGAGAUGAAAGUUCCUUAUGAUUGGGCGCCUUCGAAUCUUCCAGUUCAAAUUCUGCGGAUUGGACAGCUCGCCAUUCUUAGUGUCCCCGGAGAGUUCACGACGAUGGCCGGAAGACGGCUCCGGGAUGCUGUCAAAAGUGUUCUGACGAGCGGAGGUAGCAAUGUAUUCGGUAAGAAUGCCCGGGUUGUGAUCGCGGGGUUGACGAAUACGUAUUCGCAAUAUGUGACGACGUUCGAAGAGUAUCAGAUACAGAGAUACGAGGGCGCCUCGACGCUAUACGGUCCGCACACUCUCUCCGGCUACAUACAAGAAUUCAAGAAACUCGCCGCAGCCCUAACCACCGGAAAACCCGUCGAACCCGGGCCACAGCCGCCGGACAUGCUGAGCAAGCAAAUCGGGUUGCUCCCGCCGGUGGUGGUCGACGGGACCCCGCUCGGCGUGGCGUUCGGCGACGUCAGCGUAGACGUCCCGAAGAACUCGACGUUCAAGAAAGGCAGCAAGGCGACGGUGGUGUUCUGGUCGGCGUGCCCGAGAAACGACCUGAUGACGGAAGGCACGUUCGCGCUCGUCGAGAUGCUCGACGGCGGAAGCUCGUGGGUCCCGGCGUACGACGACGACGAUUUCUGCGUGCGGUUCGCGUGGUCGAGGCCGUCGAAGCUGAGCUCGCACAGCCAGGCGAGGAUCGAAUGGAAUGUUCCGGAGACGGCGAGGCCGGGAGUGUACAGAAUAAGGCAUUUUGGAGCUGCGAAGAGCCUUUUUGGAUCGAUCAAACAUUUUACAGGUACUUCUACUGCCUUUGUUGUCUUGUGAUUUUUGCCUACAGUUUUUCGACGUCUGGUGUUGUUAUUAUUGAGUUACCUUUUUUAGGGAUGUAUUUGUAUUUUAGGUUGAUGAUAUUACGAAAUUAAUGAUGAUUGGUAAUUAUUUUA